AUAUAUAACACUUCUUUCCGAGAGUUAACGUCACACUGACACAGUGUGUGGACAUCCACUAUCGUCACCUAUAAAGUAACCCAGUGUUAAAGAUGAUACAGAAAAUUUUAUGGCGCAUAUCUUAGACAAAGGACUAUUGGUAACAGGCGUAACCUAUGCCAGCAUUCUCCACAAUUUUUUCUUAGCUGAAUGAAUCUUGCUACUCUAGAAAGCCAUUUUCUUGUGCUCGAGGAGAACCUGGAACUAUGUCAACUAGAAUUUUCUUCUGUGUUUCGUGUGCUUUAAUACUGGUAUCGACUCUCCCCGUAGAGUGUUUUGGAGGUCAGUCAAGAGGCAGUUCCUCGUCCACUUCCAAUGGUACCCAGAACAACAUGGACUUUUCCCCUAUGGUAAUGUGGAUACCAGCAUUCAUGACUGAUGCUGAAACGGAGAUAGUAACGAUGAAACAAAUGCAACAAGCACUGCUGUCUGAACUGGAAAUGGGCGAUCUGGGUAGUUUGGUGUUUGGGUCUCAACCAUCAUUAUACCAGGAAAAUAAGGAAACUUUUAAACCAAGCACUGUGUCAGCCAAAGGCAGGGCGAAAACUCGCCAACAGUCUUCUUCUUCUUUGACUAAAACUAGAAACCGACGUAAAAUGUCCUCAAGUAGAAGCAAAAGGAAACUCCGGCGAUCUAAAACCUCAUCAAACUUGGACAAAAAAGAAUCCCGACUGCGUAGCUCUUCAUCCCACAGAAAUCGUCUAGAUGGACACAUCCCUAAGUUAUCUAAAGAGAAACAAAAGACUCGUAAAAAGACCAGUAAGAAGAAUAAACGUCGCCGGGGUAGAAUUUCUAAAGAUGACAAAAAGAAAUCAAGCACAUUGGACAUUUUUGAUCGCGCUGAAAAGACAUCUCGCCAAUAUAAGAAUUCAGAGAAUGAUAAAAUAAAAAGAAGAGGAAUAGACAUUUCAUCUGACAAAGGGAAAAAGAAAGCACAUCGUCCAGUCAGUCUUUCCGAUAAAGAUAAAAAGAAAACACAACGAAAGGGUGAUUUAACAAAGGAUGACAACAAAAAACCAAGGAGACUUGUAAGUUCAUCAGAUCAAAGCAAAAGCAGAAUACGCAGACAUAGUGCUUCAUCAAAGGAUGAGAUGAAACAAACAAGAAGUUUCAGCACUUCAUCUGUCAAAGACAAAAAGAAAACACGUCGUCCGGUUAGGUUUACCAAUAAAGAAAAAAAGAAAACACAAAAACAUAGCAAUUCAUCAAAGAAGGAGAAGAAUGCAACAAAAAGACGUAGCAGUUCAUCUGAUAGAGAACAAAAGACAACAGGCCGACAAAGCACUUCCUCAAAGGAUAACCGGGAGAAAGCAAAAAGAUUAAAUACUGCAUCUGACAAAGACAAACAGAAAAUACGCCGACACAACAAUUCAUCAAAGGGUAAAAGGGAUAAAGGAAGAAAAUUGAUCACUUCAUCUGAUAAAAUCAAGAAGAUGACAAGCCGACAAAGCAAUUCAUCAAAAGAUACCCGGAAGAAAGCAAGGAUAAUUAACAUGUCAUCUGACAAAAUCAAAAAGAAAAAACGCAGAAAACACAAUUCAUCAAAUGAUAAGAAGACAAAUACAAAACGUUUUAAAGCUUUAUCUGGCAAAGACCAAAAGAUGACACACCGGCAAAGAACUUCAUUAAAGGAUAAAGAUAAAAAUAAAAAUAAAAAAGGUCUUGAUUAUUCAGCUGACAAACACAAAAAUAGAACACGCCGGCAUAGUACUUCAUCAAAGGAUGAAAAAAAGAAGACAAAAAGACUGAAAACUUCCUCUCACAUAGACAAAAACAAAAAACGCCGACAAAGCACUUCAUCAAAGGAUAAAAAGAAGAGAGCAAAAAGACUGAAAACUUCCUCUCACAUAGACAAAAACAAAAAACGCCGACAAAGCACUUCAUCAAAGGAUGAAAAGAAGAGUGCAAAAAGACUGCAAACUUCCUCUGACAAAGACAAAAAGAAAGAACGCCGACAAAGUACUUCAUCAACAGAUGAAAAGACGAAAGCAAAAAGCCUGAAAACUUCCUCUGACAAAGACAAAAAGAAAGGACACCGACAAAGCACUUCAUCAACGGAUGAAAAGAAGAAAGCAAAAAGACUGAAAACUUCCUCUGACAAAGACAAAAAGAAAGAACGCCGACAAAGCACUUCAUCAAAGGAUGAAAAGACGAAAGCAAAAAGCCUGAAAACUUCCUCUGACAAAGACACAAAAAGACUGAAAACUUCCUCUGAAAAAGACAAAAAGAAAGAACGCCGACAAAGUACUUCAUCAACGGAUGAAAAGACGAAAGCAAAAAGCCUGAAAACUUCCUCUGACAAAGACACAAAAAGCCUGAAAACUUCCUCUGACAAAGACACAAAAAGACUGAAAACUUCCUCUGACAAAGACAAAAAGAAAGAACGCCGACAAAGAACUUCAUCAAAGGAUGAAAUGAAGAAAGCAAAAAGACUGAAAACUUUCUCUGACAAAGCCAAAAGGAAAAAACGUCGACAUAGCACUUCAUCAAACGAUAAGCAGAAGAAAGCAAGGAGACUUAACACUACAUCUGAUAAAGAUAAAAAGAAAACACGCCGACAAAGCACUUCAUCAAAGGAUAACCGGAAGAAAGCAAGAACACUGUACCUUUCAUUUGACAAAGAAAACAAGAAAACAGGUCGACAACGCACUUCAUCAAAUGUUAAACGAAAGAAAACAAAAAGACUGAACACUUCCUCUGCCAAAGACAUAAAGAAAACAAGCGGACAUAUCACUUCAUCAAAUGAUAACCGGAAGAAAGCAAGGCCAUUUAACAUUUUAUUUGUCAAACACAAAAAGAUGAAACGCCGACAAAUCACUUCAUCAUAUGAUAAGCGGAAGAUAUCAAGGUCACUUAACACUUCGUCUGAUAAAGACAAAAGGAAGAUAAGCAGACAAAGCGCUUCAUCAAAGGACGACAAGAAAAAAAUUAAACGAUAUAGCUAUAUUCUCCAAAUGAAAACUAACAAACGCCGCACUUUAUCAAAAGAAAGGAAAAACAAAGUAAGAGGAACUCAACUUUCAUCGGAUAAAAACAGAAAUAACACGCAUAGACGAAACAGAGGAUUCAACCAAGACAACGCGAGAAAUCGCGAAGUGACUAGAUUUUCUGGUGGAGGUAAAAUGAAAACUCGCCGGUAUAGAAAGUUAUCAGACAGUGAUAGGAGGAGUUUGAGCAGUUCAUCAUAUGAACGCGACAUGAAAACUCGCCUACCGAUUACAUUUUCGUACACAAUCAGAAGGGAAAGUCGACGAGUCAGACAACACCGACCUAAUACGUUAUCAAACAAAAACAAAACACAGUUUCAUCGGGAUAACGUUUCCUCUGGCGAAGAUGAGAGCAGUGCCGAAGUUGAUAACAUUCAAGUUGUCAAAUCAAAAGAAAAGAUGAAAAAGAUCCAAUGGAAUCCAUUCUCCUCUGACAAUCAGUCGCCCAACCCUAGCCCUGCUCCGUCAUUAGACAAGAAGACAAAGAAUAGCUGUCGGUCUUGUUUGUUGUCCCACAUUUUCCAAUCAAUGUCGUCAUCAGAGGUGGGAAUGAGCAGGGGCUACCAACCAAGUCCAUCGUCAGACGAGGAGAAUUUUUAGCAAUUGUGCUUUGAGACUAUUUUCCACUUUUAUAAUUAAAAACUGCAUAUACUUAAACGUUUUUACGGACAAGUUUCAAAAUACCAACUUACCAUCCAUUUAUCAUAAGCCUUCCACUUCUGGGUUGCGAGUUCGAAACCCACGUGGGGCAGUUGCCAGGUACUGACCGUAGGCCGGUGUUUUUUCUCCGUCUACUCUGGCUUUCCUCCACCUCCAAAACCUGGCACGUCCUUAAAUGACCCUGGCUGUUAAUAGGACGUUAAACAAAAUAAACCAACAAACCAAACACCGUUAAAUUGUUGAAUGUUGAGAUAAAUGGGUCAAUAGAAGUGAGUGAAAUAUAAGAAUGUUUACUAACUGCAGUUUUGAACUAUUUAUUUAUGAAGUAGACUGACGCCAAUAUUGAUAUAAAGAUGAUAUUGAUUUCACUGCACACAUAACCCGAAAAACGAAAAAUCGUUUGUUGCUUUACUAUAUCGUCUUGUGAUGGAAAUAGAAAUAAAUGUAAUAUACCUUUUAAUAAAUCAGCCUGUUGUUCUGACCUUCCUCGGAACAUUGAGAUUAUUUACAAAAGCUUUCGGAAAUAAGACGAUUAUAACUCGCUACUGGCAGAGUUUAUCGAUGGAGAGUUAUUAAUCUUGUGGCAUGUGUUAAGGUAGCAGGGCUUUAAAAGACACACACGAUAUCAAAACCACUGAAAACCAAUUGAGAGUUAUGUACAGCAAAAUAAAUUUUACUGCGACAUUCAUCUGUUUCGUCCUUACAGGAGCUAAGGAUCUAAAUCGUUGGUAGGAGGCGACCAAAACAAAACUCGAAGCUAUUUAAUAACAUAAUGUUAUGGCUCUUCAUAAGAUAUUGGCGGUAUCAUUUAUAUAUGUUCUUUUCAAGCAAAUGCAGGGUACAAUUUUUUAAAAGAACGAAAUUCAAAUUGAUAUUAUUUGUAACAUUAUCAAUUGAAAUAUUAUUUC